GGCGGGGAAACCUGUGUCUGAGAAUUCCGAAGCCUUACCGCCUCUCCCGAUGUUUCACGCACCUUCUGCAGUUCAUCCCCAUCCUUCCUCAAUUCCCUUUUAUGCUAAAACCUCGAUGUUUUCUCCUACCUAAUCCAUCUCGCGGCCGCGACUUUCAUCGUCACCAUGAACCUCACUUCCAUUUACGCUCCCGGUAUCCAUCUUCCUAAGCUUCCUUUCCUGCCCAUUGAACCCUCUCAGCCUCGGAAAUCUCGCAUUUUCAGACGCCGAAGUCUUAAAUACAACUGGAGACUCGCCGUCCGGAAUCAAUCGGGCACUUUGAUACCGACGCCAUUCCAGAAUUUAUUUCACAGCUUAAUCACCCAGUAUCCUUCUGUCCAUACCUUGGAUUUGUUCGCCCCAGCACUUGGUUUCGCUUCCGGGGUCGCUUUAUUUUGGUCGCGAUUCAAAUCUCACAAGAAUUCCGGGGUUUUGGAUAUCGGGGAGUGGAUCUUGUUCGCUAGUCCGACGCCUUUUAACCGUUUUGUCUUGCUGCGAUGUCCGUCGAUAUCGUUUCAAGGAAGUGAAUUCUUGGAGGAUCUGAACGAGAAGCUCGUGAAGGAGGAAAGGCAUUAUGUGACUGUCAACAGUGGCAAGAUUCAGGUGAGGAGCCUUGAUGGUGAGGAGACAAUUCUGGAGGACGGUAACUUGACUUAUCAAAGGGUAUGCGUCACCACCGAAGAUGGAGGUGUGAUUUCGCUGGAUUGGCCGGCAGAUUUGGACUUGGAAGAGGAACGUGGCUUGGAUUCUACUUUGUUGCUGGUUCCUGGCACGCCUGAAGGCAGCAUGGGCAGAAACACCAAGUCAUUAGUACUUGAAGCUCUCAAGAGGGGUUUUUUUCCUGUUGUCAUGAACCCAAGAGGAUGUGCUGGUUCGCCUCUCACCACUGCCCGGUUAUUUACAGCUGCCGACAGUGAUGAUAUCUGCACAGCUAUCAAGUAUAUUAAUGCGGCAAGACCAUGGACGACACUGAUGGGUGUUGGAUGGGGAUAUGGUGCAAAUAUGUUGACGAAAUACUUGGCAGAGGUUGGGGAGAGAACACCGCUGACAGCUGCAACAUGCAUUGAUAAUCCUUUUGAUUUGGAGGAAGCUACAAGGUCCAUACCUUAUCACAUUGCCACUGAUCAGAAACUCACUGGAGGACUGAUAGAUAUUCUGCAAACUAACAAGGAAUUGUUCCAAGGCAAAGCAAAAGGUUUUGACGUGGAGAAAGCUUUAUUAGCAAAGACUGUUCGUGAUUUUGAGCAAGCAAUAUCUAUGGUAUCUCAUGGUUUUGGGACUAUUGAAGAUUUUUACUCAAAAUCUAGCACAAGAAAUGUGAUUGGAAAAAUCAAAAUUCCUGUUCUAUUUGUACAGAGUGAUGAUGGCACAGUACCAGUUUUUUCAAUUCCACGCCAUAAGAUUGCUGAAAAUCCUUUCACUAGCCUGCUCCUUUGUUCUUGUUUACCAUCUAGUGUUAUUGGUACUGACAGGUCUGCUAUAUCUUGGUGCCAGCUUUUAACAAUGGAGGAGUAUUCUUAUACAUGGUAUUUGCAGUGGCUUACUGCGGUGGAGCUUGGACUCUUAAAGGGCCGCCAUCCUCUUGUGACAGAUAUAGAUGUUACCAUAAAUCCAUCAAAAGGAUUAUCUGUUGCAGAGGAUAUAAAGCCAGCUAAAAAAAAAGAAGGGAGCAGAUUGUUGGACCUUACUCGGUCAGAUGUAUCUAAUGGAUACGCAAUUUUCCCUGCAGACGAUAUGAUUGAGGAAAGGAGCACUGAUGCUGGUUCGCACUUUAGGUACGAACAAGGUUUAGAAGGCAACCUUGAGCUUGGAGACAUGAUCUUGCAUGGAGAUAAUGGUCCAUUACAGCCAAUGACCUCCUCUGUUGGAGAUGUGGUUGAAGAGAAGAAUAUUGGCUCAACAGAUGGUGAACGUGGUCAAGUUCUACAGACAGCACAAGUGGUGAUGAACAUGCUUGAUGUUACCAUGCCUGGCACUCUAACAGAAGAGAAGAAGAAUAAGGUCUUGACUGCCGUGGGUCAAGGAGAGACACUCAUAAAAGCUUUACAAGAUGCUUUGCCAGAAGAUGUUCGUGGUAAGCUUACAGCUGCUGUAACAGGUAUUUUGAAUGCACGGGGCACCAACUUGAAGUUUGAUAGGGUUAUUAGCAUUCCUCAGGCUCCAGAUUCACCAUCAGGGAAAAAGAACCAAGAAAAGUUUACCAGAUUACCAGGUUCAGAAGGUUUGUCUGAAGACCAGUCCUCUUUGAACCAGAUGAAAGGUACAAAUAAUUCUGUCGAUAACCAUGCUAGUGCUCCGAGUGGCAUGGGUGAGCCUGCUGGAGGAACAGAAUUAGGAGUUCAACCCUCACUAAAACCUCAAAAUUCUACUGAUCUGACUCAAUCUCAGGAGCCAAACAAUGAAAUUAGUUCCUCUGGUUGUUUUGAGAAGGAAGCCAGCAAGUCCAAAAGCAAUAAUGAUACAAAUGAGCCAUUAAAUGAAGCAGUUGCUUCAGAGAGUGAACUCAGCAAAAAAGAUCUGGAAACAGACUCUAGAUCACACACUGCCAGUCAAAAUGAAGAGGCGGUGGCAACUGGCGAUGAGCAGAAAAGCCUAAACAGUAGAAUGGCUCAAACUCAAAUAGACACAGAGGAGGAAAAUAAUAUCCAGAAGGUUCAACAGAAAACUCCAGAUUGCUCCAGUGGUCAAAGUAAAAUGACAUCAAAUAAUGCAAAAGAAGAAUCUCAUUUAUCUCCUGUAUCCUCUGAGCCACAAACGAGUGAAAAGGAAGGAAAUAACAUUGAGAAGAAAGAGAACAAUAAUUGGCAGAACGUUACAGAUCAAACUAACUCUUCUGAUUCUAGCGUCACUUCCUUCAGCGUUUCCCAAGCAUUGGAUACCUUGACAGGAAUAGAUGAUUCCACCCAAGCGGCUGUUAAUAGUGUUUUUGGUGUGAUAGAAAAUAUGAUAUCUCAGCUUGAGGAGAGUUCCGACAAAAAAGAAAUCAAGGACGGAAAGGAUGGUGAUCAUGAGCUUCAAGGAACACAAAAAUGUGAUAGCCAAAUCUUGGAAUCCAACACAUCAGGUGCUCCUUCUGUACAUGAUAACCAUGAUGGCAUUUACUCACAGAAUGAUACUUGUAUGGAGGAACAACAAAGUAAAAGCCUCAGCAAUGGUAAUGGGAGUAGUAUUUUCAAUCCUAAAAAAUGUAACUCUGAUGACCAUGUCGCUCAGAAUAAAAGUCAACGGAAUGGUAGAAAAGUUCUUUUUGAUGAAUGCGAUGGACAUGGAGAAGUAAACAGGAAGCCAAAAUUCAUAGCUGCAGAUCCACACAAGGAUCCUCUUUAUGAUCAAUGUCUUAUCGCAAACGCUCCCACCAAAUCACUUGAUUUAGACAUGACUGCUGCAUUACUACUUGACUAUUUCCCAGAAGAAGGUCAAUGGAAGCUCUUUGAACAACCACAAAAUGCAAAAAUUUCUUCUGUUAAUGAUGAGGAUGCGGGCUACAAGAUGAAGGCUCACGCAUCUGCAAAAUCUUCUGAUACAGAGCAAUGUAUUGAACCACCAUAUGUAGUAUUACAUUCAGAAAAUCAACAAGAACCUGGGAAAGAGUUUGUUACAGAAGACAACAUGAAUGGAAAAAUUGAUACGAGUUGUGACAGAUCAGAGGAAUUGAUCCUGUUUGUGAGAAAGACCUUAUUAAACUCUUUGACGAUAGAAGUUAAUCGCAGGCUGAAUUCAGAAGAAAUGAAAGAAAUGAAGCAGAAGCUUGCUGGGGACCUCAAACAUGUGGCAAAUGCCAUAUCACAGACUGUUAGACAUAGUAAGGUCCAAUUACCACACACUGAAACUCAAUUACAUGAUAUUGAGGGUGCUGAUGCAAAAGCUGGUAUCCUUGAUGGGGAGCACAUUAUUCAGGUAAUAUCAUCUGCCGUUCAGGAGACAAGCUACCUGAGAAGAGUGAUGCCUAUUGGUGUUAUUGUCGGAACUAGCUUAGCUGCGUUGAGGCAAUAUUUUCAUGUAGCUACAGCUCAAGAUAUUGGCCAGAGAGUAUCUCCUCCGAUUGAUAAUUAUGAGGAAAAGCCUUGGAGAAGUAACUAUGACAAUGUCAGUGAAACAGAGAUAGAUCAAGAACCUGAAGAGAAACCUAGUUUGGACCAUUCCAUAAAGAGAGAUGGGGUUAAAAGUGAACCGAAAGAUCUAAGCAAAAGUUCUGUCAUGGUUGGUGCAGUUACAGCUGCUCUUGGGGCUUCGGCUUUACUCAUGCAAGAGCAGGAUCCAUGCAGAGGUAAUGAGACUGCUGAAAGUUCAUCCUCAUCAGUGAAAAUGAAAUAUAAUCAUCAUAAGGAAUCUGACAAGCUUGAGGAGGCAGUUUCUGAGAAAACCCAUAAUAGUAUGGUCACAAGCCUUGCUGAGAAAGCUAUGUCGGUUGCUGGUCCAGUUGUACCCACUAAAGAUGAUGGUGAAGUGGACCAAGAAAGACUGGUUGCUAUUCUGGCUGAUUUAGGACAAAAAGGUGGCUUGCUGAGGCUAGUUGGUAAACUUGCUUUGCUAUGGGGUGGCAUACGUGGUGCAAUGAGUUUGACAGACCGGCUUAUCUCAUUCUUGCGUAUAGCUGAUCGUCCCUUAUUACAAAGGAUUUGUUCGUUUGUUGGAAUGGUCCUUGUUCUAUGGUCCCCUGUUGCCAUUCCAUUGCUUCCAACUUUGGUUCAAAGCUGGACAAGAAAUAAUCCUUCCAGAUUGGCUGAGCUUUCUUGCAUUAUUGGCCUCUACACUGCUACAAUGAUACUUGUUGUGUUAUGGGGAAAAAGAAUCCGUGGGUAUGGAAAUGCACUAGAGCAAUAUGGGCUUGACUUGACAUCACCGACAAAGCUAUUUGAUUUUUUAAAGGGUUUGGUUGGUGGGGUCAUCUUUGUUUCUUCAAUUCAUGCUACAAAUGCAUUACUUGGGUGCGCAAUUUUCUCAUGGCCGCCCAUUCCACUUUCUUUGGAUAUCAUGACUUGGCUCAAAGUGCACGGACAAAUGGUUGUGCUGGUUGUUCAGGGGUUUGUCAUGGCAGUUGCAAUCGCGCUUGUGGAAGAAUUACUUUUCAGGUCGUGGCUGCCCCAAGAAAUUGCAGUUGAUCUUGGAUAUUACCGUGGAGUUAUCAUAUCUGGGCUUGCUUUUUCUUUACUUCAGAGGUCUCCACAAGCAAUACCAGGACUUUGGCUUUUAUCAUUGUCGCUUUCAGGUGCCCGACAGAGAAAUGGGGGUAGUCUCUUGAUCCCGAUUGGGCUACGCACAGGGAUGAUAGCGUCCAAUUUUGUCUUGCAAAAGGGCAGAUUUUUGAGCUAUGGGAGCAACUUCCCUCUUUGGUUAAUUGGGACUCAUCCAUUCCAGCCAUUUAGUGGGAUAGUUGGUUUGUUAUUUUGCCUAUCAUUGGCGAUGCUUCUCUACCCUACACAGGCCUCAGAAAAAAGAGAAGCUCGGGACAGAUAAGGAGAAAAUCUAUUGGAUGAUGGGAUUUUUUUGAUUCCCUGACACUCUUGAGUGUUUCCUCUGCUGUGAAUUCAACACUCGAGGAUGGAAGAGGGGAAUUGGUGAUCGGGCGAGUCAUGUCAUACGAAGCCUGGCGGCACCUAUCAUGAUAUUGUCUGUUCGAAGAAUGGAGACAUGAUUUAGAAAUUAGGAGAGCUUUUUUUUCCCCCCCCCCCUUUUUCGUGUAUACAGGGCAAUAGGUCUGUACAGAAGGGUUCGUUUUUUGUACUCAUUUAAUCAUAUAGAGAAGAGGGUUCGUUUUUGGCCGUGGUAUAGGGUACAGGGUUUAUUCUCUCAAGUCUUGCCAGUUAUUAUAUCAUUAUAUACAUGAGAUGAUGCGGGAUCUUAGAUGUGUAUAGUUUUGUUCUUUUCCAGAGGCAUACGAACAUUGUGAACCCUCCAGUAACAAGUUACUUCAAUGUCCACGAAGGAACGAGAAUUCGUUCCCUCUUCACCCAA